AUUAGUUUGAUUUGGGAAAAAGUGGGGAUAAAAGAAUACAAAAUGGUGGUCUUCAUAGGUGCCGCAAAUAUUUAAUUUAAAAAAAAAUUGAUUAUUCAGGAAAAUUUCAUUUUUGUACUAUUCUACUAUUUUUACGACCUAAUUGAAAUUCUAUUGAAGUUCUGUAAUUUAAGACUUUGUGAAGUAAUAAUUGCCCAAGGACACACCUAAAUUUGCUCUCAUACAAAAAUGCGAGGAAGGCCUAGAAGAUCAAGAAGUAGAGAACGUCGACGAUCUCGUAGCCGCGAUCGUGGAUAUGGAUAUGGAGGUGGUGGCGGCGACGGCCGUGGUGGUGGCGGAGGAGGCGGAGGAAGACGCAAUGCAGCUGGUUCAAAUCUUCGCAAACCAAGAUGGGAUUUAAGCCGCUUGGAACCAUUCAAAAAAGAUUUUUAUGUACCAUUGGCAUCUGUGCAGGAUCGGACUUCUCAGGAAAUAGAAGACUGGAGAAGAAAAUGGGAAAUAUCUCUGAAAGGAAAGACUAUUCCUAAUCCUGUGAUGAAUUUUGAGGAAGCUGGAUUUCCUGAUUAUGUGAUGGACGAAUUGAAAAAGAUGAAUUUUAAGAAUCCAACUGCUAUUCAGGCACAGGGGUGGCCUAUUGCUUUGUCUGGCAGAGAUAUGGUUGGUAUUGCAUCAACUGGAUCAGGAAAGACUUUAAGUUACAUUCUACCAGCGAUAGUUCAUAUAAAUCACCAAUCUAGACUGAUGAGAGGAGAUGGGCCUAUAGCUUUAAUAUUGGCUCCUACUAGAGAGCUAGCACAACAGAUUCAACAGGUGGCUACUGAUUUUGGACAAAGUUCAAGAAUCAGAAAUACCUGCGUUUUUGGGGGAGCUCCAAAAGGACCUCAGGUAAACGAUCUAAAGGAUGGAGUUGAAAUAAUUAUAGCUACUCCAGGGCGACUUAUAGAUUUCCUAGAAAGCAGCAGGACUAAUCUCAAAAGAUGCACUUAUCUGGUUCUGGAUGAGGCAGAUAGAAUGUUAGAUAUGGGAUUUGAACCGCAGAUCAGGAAAGUCAUUGAACAAAUUCGUCCAGAUAGACAAACUUUGAUGUGGUCCGCCACUUGGCCAAAGGAAGUGCAAAAUCUGGCGCAGGAAUUUUUAAAGGAUUAUAUUCAGAUCAACGUAGGAUCAUUGCAGUUAUCUGCAAAUCAUAAUAUUCUUCAGAUUAUCGACGUUUGUCAAGAGCAUGAGAAGGAGAGCAAAUUGAGUACAUUGCUUAAAGAAAUUAUGGCUGAAAAGGAAAAUAAGACUAUUAUAUUCAUAGAAACUAAGAAGAAAGUGGACGAUAUUACAAGAAAGAUGAAGAGAGAUGGAUGGCCAGCUGUAUGUAUCCAUGGAGAUAAGUCUCAACAAGAGAGAGAUUGGGUACUACAAGAUUUUAGAACUGGAAAAGCACCUAUUUUGGUAGCAACUGAUGUAGCUGCAAGAGGUUUAGAUGUCGAAGAUGUAAAAUUCGUUAUAAAUUUUGAUUACCCUUCGAAUUCCGAAGAUUAUGUCCAUCGUAUUGGCAGAACAGGUCGUUCGCAAAAAACAGGAACAGCUUACACGUUUUUCACGCCCAGCAACUUCAAUAAGGCAGCAGAUUUGGUUGCGGUACUCAAAGAAGCUAAACAGGUCAUCAAUCCCAAAUUGCAAGAUAUGGCUGAUAGAGGAUACAGCUCCAAUAAUACAGGAAGAGGAGGAAGAAGCAGAUGGACUCGAAACCCUAGAGGACGAAGGUCUAUCUCUAGAUCUAGAUCAAGGACAAGAUCGCGUUCUCCCAAGCGUUCAAGACGUGAGCGAACACGUUCCAGAGACAGAAGACGGAAGCGCUCCUUUAGCCGAGAUCGAUCAAGAAGUCCUAUAAAAGCGAGAUCAAACGGUUCGAUUUCGCCGAGAUCUCAGUCACCGCCACUGUUGAAUAACGCUAGACAUAAUAUGUCAGCCCCACCACCAAUGCACAAUCGCCCUCCAAGUCCUCAAAAUAUGCAUCAUCCUCCACCCCAGUUGCUACAGCAUCCCGCAUCGUCGAUACCUAUGCAGCUGCCGCCUAGAACAAUGCAACCCCCCAAUUUCCACCAAGCACCACCCGUACAGCAAAGAUCUCAAGCUCCUCCUCUUUCUCUCAGACAACAACAGCCACCUUUACCCGUUAUGGGUAUGCAACAAAGACCGCCAAUGGUUCAAGGUCCGCCUUCAAUGCAAACUCCGCCUCCUCAACAGAGACAUUCGCCUAUAAUGCAGCAUAGGCCGCCGCACCAAGGUCCUCCUCCCAUACAUAUGCAAAAUUUGCAACAACCCCCACCGCCGCCUCCCCAGCAUCAACAGCAACCUCCUUUGCCGCAAGGGCCGCCCUUACAUCAACCGCCACCUCCGCAAGGAUUGACCCUACAACAACCACCUCCGCCACAACAAAGACCGAUGCACCAACAAGGACAGCCCGUUUUGGCGUAUCAAAAUUUGACACAUAAUCUUCCGCCGGCGCAACCCUUUGGGGGGUAUCCCUUGCCGAACGCGAGCGCGUUGUUUUUCAAUACUCCGCCACCACCACCGCCCGCUCAGAGGAUGACGGGAGUGUACUUUCAAUACGCUCCUCCCCCUCCCGCACCAAGGUAAAUUGAUAAAAGGAAAUAGUCGAGGGGAUUAUAGUAAAUAUUUGAUGAAUGGUGUUUGUAGAGAUCUCGUAAUGAAGUAUUAGAUAGGAUUGUAUUUUUUUAUUUAAAACUCUGAAAGAAAUUAGGUUAUAGCUGUUUUAUAGGUUGUGCACCAAAAAAUUAAGAUAAUUUUUAUUUGACCAACAAAUUAGGUUUUUAAUUAAAUAAGUGUUUCAAUCAAUAACUGUGAUUGUACGACUAGUAAUUUGUAGUUUUUUUGCAUUUAUUGACACUAAAAGUAAUUAAUAUGACAGUAAGCAAUUCUUUUAUCAUUUUUAAAUGAUACAAACUCGAUGUACUCGUUUAUUUAAAUCAUAAGAUUAUGAUGGUUUU